AACCUUUGAAGCCUUUCAAAACAACCGUUUAUGUAUUAAACAUGACAAAUAUUUAUAUGAAAAUGGUUUUUUGAAUUAAAAAUUGACUCAAACAAAUUUUCCGAUACCAGUUUCCAUGCAAUAGAACAACUACACAACUUUUGACUUCAGGAUCAAGCGCCUCAAUGGAAGUUAAUGCGAUGGAAGCACACGACGGAGAAGAGAUUCAUAAUUGUUUGAUAGAGCUGAGAAGUAAUCCCAAAAGGCGAAGGGAUAAGGUUUACAUUGGCUGUGGAGCAGGAUUUGGCGGUGACAGGCCUUUGGCUGCUCUUAAGUUGCUACAAAGAGUCAAAGAACUAAAUUAUCUGGUCCUUGAAUGCCUGGCGGAGCGUACUCUAGCCGAACGCUAUCAAAUCAUGUUGUCUGGUGGUGAUGGUUAUGAUUCUCAGAUUUCUAGCUGGAUGAAUAUGCUGCUACCACUGGCUUUGGAAAGAGGAACUUGCAUAAUUACCAAUAUGGGUGCUAUGGAUCCUCUGGGUGCUCAACAAAAGGUCUUGGAAAUAGCUACCACACUAGGGCUUGAUGUUUCUGUCGCUGUUUCUCAUGAGGUGUCUGUUACAAAUUUAGGUUCAGGAUUUUCGCCUACACACAAAUAUAUCAUGGAGGGUGGUAUCAGCACCUACUUGGGAGCUUCUCCUAUUGUUCACUGUCUUGAAAAGUACCAACCAAAUGUGAUAAUUACAUCAAGAAUUGCAGAUGCUGCUUUAUUCUUAGCACCUAUGGUUUAUGAACUAGGUUGGAACUGGGAUGAGUUAGAGCAUCUAGCUCAAGGAUCUUUGGCUGGUCAUCUUCUAGAAUGUGGUUGCCAACUCACAGGGGGAUAUUUCAUGCAUCCAGGUGAAAAAUACCGAGAUAUGUCCUUCCAGCAACUACUGGAUUUAUCACUUCCUUAUGCUGAAAUCAGUUUCGAUGGACAAGUGUCCGUGGCAAAGGCUGAAGGUAGUGGGGGAGUUUUAGAUUUCAAUACAUGUGCCGAACAAUUACUCUAUGAGAUUGGAGACCCCAGUGCUUACGUGACUCCUGAUGUAGUCAUUGACUUCCAGGAUGUGUCCUUCCUUCCAUUAUCAAGUUGUAGAGUUCUCUGUUCGGGUGCAAAACCAUCUACUAUAUCAGUUCCAGAUAAACUUCUGCAGUUGGUUCCAAAGGAUUGUGGAUGGAAAGGAUGGGGAGAGAUAUCUUAUGGAGGCUACAAAUGCGUUGAACGUGCUAAAGCAGCUGAAUAUCUAGUUAGAUCAUGGAUGGAAGAAAUAUUUCCCGGUCUUCAUGACCAUAUAGUUUCUUAUAUAAUUGGGUAUGAUAGCCUCAAAGCUGCUAGCAGCAACGGAAAUGCCUCACGACAGACGACUACUGAAGAUAUUAGGUUACGCAUGGAUGGACUUUUUGAGCAGAGGGAUCACGCUGUACAAUUUACUAGAGAAUUUACAGCGUUGUAUACAAAUGGACCCGCCGGUGGUGGCGGUAUCAGUACUGGAUAUAAGAAAGAGAUUCUUCUAGAAAAACAUUUGGUUAGGCGUGAAGAUGUUUUCUGGCGAAUUGGGUUGAAGAGGAACACAAAAAGCCAGUCAAAUAAAGUACUUGAUCAUGAAUACAAUCUGAAGAACAUAUCAACAUUGCAACCAAAGUCACAAGCCGAAACCGAUGAAUCCUCCUCAGAAUUUGUUUCACCUGGUAGAAGUUACACACCUGCUCCAUUAGGUCAGAAGAUUCCGCUUUACAAUGUAGCACAUAGCAGAGCUGGAGAUAAAGGAAAUGAUAUCAAUUUUUCUCUCAUCCCACAUUUUCCACCUGACAUCAAGAGGUUGAAACAGAUUAUCACAUCUCAAUGGGUAAAAUCAGUGGUUUCACCUCUCCUGGAUUUGUCUCCUUCUCUUGAUUUAGAUGCAAGAAAUCAAAGAGAUAAAUGGAUAAGUGAAAAUGUUAAAGUGGAAAUAUAUGAAGUUAAGGGAAUCCAAUCGUUGAAUAUUGUAGUCCGGAAUGUCUUAGAUGGCGGUGUAAACUGUUCGCGAAGAAUUGACCGGCAUGGAAAGACCAUUUCAGAUCUCAUAUUGUGCCAACAAGUUGAGUUGCCUCCUUGAUUAUACCAAUGUUUUAAUGAGUUUCAGCUUUUGCCAUGGUGUUUAUUAUGGCUAAAGUUUUACUGAAAAAAUAUAAAUCUUUGGAACACCUAUAAACUUUCAUAUUAUAGUCAAUGUGGCAGAAUAAUCCAUUGUGUUCUUUAGUAUCUACAGACUAAUAAUAACAGUAUCAUCUAAUAUAGUUGUAAUAUAUGAAAUCUAGGUUUCAUAAAAAUAAUAAUAUUAAAUCCAGUCACAAUAUAUUCAUCAA